AAGCAAAACCUGCUCAGCUGUGAAGUUGUCGCUAAAUUAUAAGCGAAUGAUAAGGAUCACUAUAAAAACAACUCCGAAACAGCUGAAUGGGAAGCGCCUUGCAAGAAACUGUGAUAAAGCAGAAUACAAAAGAAAAUUGUGCACAACCGUAGUUGUAAUUUUUUUGGAGAAGUUCAUGGGUGAAUUUUAGGAAAACUACAACUAUAAUCAUCAAAAUGCCACUCAAGGAACGCAAUAUCGCCAUGAUGGGCUACAGCUCUGUUGGCAAAUCAUCACUAUGUAUACAAUUUGUUGAGGGUCAGUUUGUGGACUCGUACGAUCCAACAAUUGAAAAUACAUUUACAAAAGUUGCGCGCGUCAAUUCGCAGGACUACGACGUAAAAGUGGUCGACACAGCUGGUCAGGAUGAGUACAGUAUAUUUCCUGUGCAAUAUAGCAUGGACUUUCACGGCUAUGUGCUUGUCUAUUCCAUAACUAGCCAAAAGUCGUUUGAAGUCAUUAAAAUCAUCUACGAAAAGUUAUUGGAUGUAAUGGGGAAAAAAUAUGUACCUGUUGUAUUAGUUGGAAACAAAACCGAUUUACACCAGGAGCGCACAGUGACAACGGAAGAGGGACGAAAACUGGCUGAAUCUUGGCGGGCAAUAUUUUUGGAAACGUCAGCUAAGCAGAAUGAGUCUGUUGCAGACAUCUUUCAUCGGUUAUUAGUAUCAAUUGAGAACGAGAAUGGCAAUCCACAGGAGAAGAGUAAUUGUAUUAUCUCGUGAGAAUCCAAUGUAGACGUAAGCUACCGGCCACAUCCACAACAACAAAAACGGUUUUUACCAAUUGAAGCAUCAACACACAAUGAAACGCCAACAACUGUUGCACAUCUAAACCUAGAGAUAUCGCAGCUGUUUUAUCCGUACGAAUUAUGGAACAAACGAUGCAUGAAACAGCUGGUGCAGUGUUUUGUAGGCGUGGUCGUGGUAAUGUUCGCUUGGAUGUGUAUGUGUGAAUUAAAUGAAUGCAUAGGUGAAAGUGUUUGUGCGAAUUUUUCUUAUAUCCCCAGAAAGUAGUUUUCAAAUUAAUCAGCCUUAUCAUGAGUUUCAUUUUCGCCGCAAAUCAUUAGUUGCGUUCCAGCAGUAGUACGAAUAGCAGGU